AUGUCGGACCCCGUGGUAGUGGUGGGCGCCGGCGUCAUCGGCCUCACCGUAGCGUUGCGGCUCAAACAGCAAUUCAAAAACAUCGACGUCACCGUGGCGGCCACCUUUCUCCCGGGCGACUUGGACAUCACCUACACGUCGCCAUAUGCCGGGGCCAACUGGCAGUCGUUCGCCUUGAACAGCGAUUGGCGCCAGCAGCAAAUCGACGCCGAGGCGUACCAUGAAUUUGGCCUCUUGGCCGCCGACCCCCGGUCCGGCAUCUGGCGCAAGAAAAACCGGCUGUAUUACACGCAGACGGGCCUCGACCGAGAGCACGGAAACACGGGCAACUUGGUCCCGUGGCACGAGCCUUUUUCAGGGGGACGCCGGCUCUCGCCCGAAGAGUUGAUUCCAGGCACGGUGUACGGGCGUGAGUUCGACGGCUUCGUGGUGUCGGUGCCCACCUACUUGCCCUACCUAGUGCAGCGGUGCCUUGAGCUCGGCGUCGUGUUCAAACGCGUGCCGAAAAUCACGGACAUCUCGGACGCCCGGCUCGUCCACAGCUCCGGCCGGCCGGCGCAGCUCGUGGUCAACUGUGCCGGCCUCCUCGCCUCGGAAAUCGGCGGUGUGGACGACCCCAGCAGAAACUAUGCAGUGAAGGGCCAGGUGUUGGUGGUCCGGAACGCCGUCGCAAACGUCCAGAUUGUGUGCGGCUUUGACCGCCCCGACGAGGAGCUCUACGUGUUUCCGCGCAAGGAGGGAGGCGCCAUAAUCGGCGGCUGUUUUUACGUGGACAACCGUGACCCCGCCGAAGACAAGCAGUUGACCCAGCGGAUCCUUGCCCGCGCGCUCCAGUAUCUCCCCGAGUUGGUCGACACGAGCGUCCACGGAAACCCGGGCUACAUCGAUGUGGUAGGCGUGAACGUCGGGCUCCGGCCGUUCCGUGAACAUGGGCCCCGCAUAGAAAAAGACGCCCGCAAGCCUUGGCUCAUCCAUGGCUACGGCGCCGGGGGCGGGGGCUACCAGGGCAGCUACGGCUUUGCUAAGGAAAUCGUGGCUCUUGUUGCGGAGGCGCUUUCUGCGCCAAGACUAUAG